AUAUCCCUCUCUCUCUCUGUAGAGGCAAAGCAGCUUCCCUUGUUUGACAGGGGGCUCGUUUUCUCCCGUCGGCAUCAGGUUUUGGAUAUUUGUUUAUUUGUUUAUCAGAGACAUAUCGUCAUUGUCAUUAGCUAAGAUGACUGCCAUGACAAUUCAAUGAGAGGAGAGGACGCCAAGUGAAGUAUCCCCCGCUCGCCAGAAAGGAGGGAAGGAGUGCUCCGAAAAAAUAAAGAGAGGAGAGGGAGAAGGAAGAAGAAUAGAAGAAGAAGAAGAGAGAGAAGAAAGAAGGAAAUAAGAAGAGAGGGAGAGGCAGAGGAGCAAAGGAUAAACGGUGGAUGGAGGCGGCUCGGACCGUGGGCUACGGAGCGCUCUUACACUGACGAAGAAGAAGAACAGCAGCAGCGGGGGGCAGAAGAGAUGGAGCAAAAGGCAGAAAACAUGCCCUCAGAUAUCAGUUUCCUUCCCCGCCCAGCGAUGGUAUGGUGUGAGCGGGGCAUCCAGGUGCUGCUGACCACCGUGGGGGCGUUCGCGGCCUUCGCCCUGAUGACGGUGGCUAUCGGUACGGACUACUGGCUGUACGCCCGCGCCUUCAUCUGCAACAGCACGGCCAACUCGUCCCAGGAGGACUCAAACAACAAAGACAAGAAAGACCCUGGGGCUCUCACCCACUCCGGCCUCUGGAGGAUCUGCUGCCUGGAAGGCUUGAAGCGAGGUGUGUGUUCCACGAUCAAUCAUUUCCCAGACGACGCAGACUACGACCAAGAUUCUGCAGAGUAUCUGCUCCGUGUGGUGCGAGCCUCCAGCAUCUUCCCCAUCCUCAGCGCCAUCCUGCUGCUGCUGGGUGGAGUGUGUGUUGCUUCCAGCGGCUUCUACAAGAGCAAAAGAAACAUCAUUCUCGGUGGAGGGAUUCUGUUUGUAGCUGCAGGCCUCAGCAACAUCAUCGGAGUGAUCGUGUACAUCUCGGCAGCACUGAGCGACAUCUCCCCCAAGAAAGAUGAGGACAAGAAGUGGCACUACUCCUACGGCUGGUCCUUCUACUUUGGCGGCCUGUCCUUCAUCCUGGCCGAGAUGGUGGGCGUCCUCGCUGUCAACAUUUACAUCGAGAAGAACAAGGAGCUGCGCUGCCGCUCUCGCACCGACCUCUUCAAGAGCACCACGCACGCCAUGCUCCGACUGCCCAGCUACCGCUUCCGACGGCGCUCCCGUUCCAGCUCGCGCUCCACUGACCCGCCACGCUCACAGGAGACCUCGCCCAUUGGCACCUCCAAGACCUUCAGCCUGCCACCCUCAGCUCCGCCCUUCUCUGUGGCCACUCUGCCCAACCCGCACCACACCAGCAGCGGUGGGAGUGGAGGGGGCGGCGACAUCUCCAUGUACACCCUGACGAGGGACUCCAAGCUGGGCAGCCUGGGAGGCGGCGCCCCACCUCUCUACGGCACGGUGGACCGCGCCACACUGUACCAGCUCCACAACUACUUCCCAAAAGAUUCCAGCGGCAGCGGCGGCGGAGGAGGAGGUGGAGCGGUGAUAAGCAGCGGCACACUCCCAUCUCACUCCAAGUCCAACUUGGCGGCAGCAGCGGCUGUUGCCCAAAACGCAGCACCGCUCAAUACUUCCACAUCAGCCGCCACAACAGCCCAGACAGCUCCGAUAUCUACAGCCACCAUGGAGAGGGACAGGGGCAACAUGGGAACCCUGGACCGACUGACGGCCAAACGGGACAGGGAUAGCAACUCAGACACACUGAACAGGAAAACUACGCCAGUUUAAACCUCAGAGAUGACACGUUAGAGAUAUCUGAGUUGAAAGAGAGGAAGAGUAGGGCUGAAAAUGUGUAGGUGAUACUUCAACGGUAAUGUUUCCGUCCUUGAGCCUGGGGUAUCUAGCUGCCAUAUUUACUUACUAACAUCAUCAACAGUCAUAGAAAACCUGACAUUAUGUGCAAAUUCAUGACAACUGCCUUAAAACGGUCAUGACUUUAGCUUCAAAACCUUGUUUGUAAGUUAAUUAUACAACAGUGGUGCAGUGGAGGCUUCAGCACGUCGUACAAAAUCCCACACGCACAACUGGGAGCUCCCAGUGAAACCAGUCUCCUGGUGCAUCAGUUGGGGGUUAAGUGCCCUGCUGACGAGGCCGUUAUUUACUCUCCCUUUCUACAUUUUGUCAGCCUUUAAGUACAAACUACUAAGCUUUGAUUUUUGAUAUGUAAGUCACGAGACAUCUAGGUUCAAACUGAACGGAAUCUGGUUUAAAAGUGAAAGUUUGUACACAUCUAGACGUCCAGUUUGAACCUGGAGACUGCCAAAUCAAUGCUUUCUGGUAUUCUGAAACAUAAUUAAUAAUAAAAUAGAAAAGUGUCCAGAUGGUAUAAGCCACAAUUCUCUGUUACAUUUAUAUUUUAAAUAGAACAGAGAGCCACAGACGGGUACAUUCAGCCAAGUAACAAGCUGCUCAGUGAUGAGUUGACUGCCAAUUCAAGGUCAACAGUAGCUACUUAACCUCUGGUCCCAAGAGAGUUACCUCAGCCAUAUCUAACCUACACACACACACACACACACACACACCAGAAGAGGCUGACACACUGUGAGCCUAUUUAUUUUUCAUUGUAUGUCAAAGGUAAUCACAGCGACAGAUGGGCAUUCUAGAGAAAG